AUGUCUGCUUGGGACGUCAAGGGCAAGGUCGCCAUCGUUACCGGUGGUGGCAGUGGUAUCAACCAUGCCUUCGUGGAGGUCCUCCUGAAUGCAGGCUGCUCCGUCAUCGUGGCUGACAUUAACCUGCGGCCCGAGGCCGAGGCCACCCUGGCUGCGUACCCUCACCCUGCCAAGCAGGAGGGUUCUCCCUCUGCCGUCUUCAAGAAGACGGACCAGAGCAACUGGGCACAGCUGAACGAGAUGUGGGACUUUAGUUUGAAGACGUUUGGCCGGGUCGACCUCGUGUGCCCCGGCGCCGGCAUCUGGGAGCCCCCGUCUUCCAACUUCUGGAUCCCCCCUGGCACCUCGGACAUUGCCAAGGACGACCCCAACGCGGCCGUCGGUCAGUGGUACACCUUUGCCGUCAACACGACCGGACCCCUGCGCCUGGCCCAGUUGGCCUUCAAGUACUGGAUCGAGAACAAGAUCCAGGGCAACUUCCUCUUUGUGGCCUCCAUGGGCGGCUACUGCGAGACGGUCAGCACACCCCUCUACUACGCCAGCAAGGCCGCCCUGCUGAGCGCCACCAAGUCGUUUGCCCAGAUGCGCCAGCGCCUGGGCAUCCGCGUGGCGGCCGUCUGCCCCGGCCCGUGCUACACGCCGCUGUUCCUGCCCGAGUGGGCCGCGGCCAAGGUCCGCCCGACCGACUUUACCAUGACGCCCAAGGAGUGCGCCGAGACCAUGCUCAAGGUCGCCUCGGAGCCCCAGUACGGCGACGGCAACAUCAUCGAGGUCAUGAUGAUGGGCACCCGCGAGGCCCCCCGCCUCAACGUCCGCCACGUCCCCUACGACAAGCUGCUGCCCGAGGGCGUCGGUACCCUCGGCGACGACAACAACAUCAUCAAGGAGGAGGAGAAGCUCUGGGCUCACCUGCCAGUCAACGGCAUGACCCCUAUGUAA